AUGGCUCCAUUCUACAUAAGUGCCCCUGGCAAAGUCAUUCUUUUUGGAGAGCACGCGGCCGUGUAUGGAAAACCAGCAUUGGCAGCAGCACUCAGUUUGAGAGCUUACUUGCUCGCCACGGAAACAAACGACGAUUCGCUCCGCCUUGAAUUUCCUGAUAUUCAACUUUCACAUUCGUGGAAACUCAGCGAAUUACCGUGGGAAAAUGCCCAGGCUCACAUCGAGCGGAAGAAUGGGAAACCGGUUCCCACAGACGAAUUGAACCCUGAAGUCAUUAAUUUGAUCGGUGAAUUUUUGGGUGACAUUGAAUCCACAGCCCACUAUACGACAUGUCUAUGUUUUCUUUAUUUAUAUUUGCACUUGUGUGAUCCCCUGGUAGCCAGCAGAAGCUUUUGUAUUCGUUCCACGUUGCCCAUUGGAGCAGGACUUGGAUCCUCAGCGAGCGCAGCUGUGUGCUUGACUUCCACAUUGGCGCUUUUGGGCGGCCAUAUACGAUCUCCACAAUAUUCGGAAAAACAAAGAGUCUCGUCUGAGAACCCAGACGCAGAGUUCAUUGAUAGCUGGUCGCUUAUGGGAGAGAAAUGCUUUCAUGGAAACCCCAGUGGAAUCGACAACGCUGUAGCGACCCAUGGCGGAGCUGUGAUGUACCAAAGAAUGCUGGCUCCCGAUAUGCCCUCGGUUCGAACUGCAAUGCGCAACUUUCCUCCUCUCAAAUUGCUACUCACCAAUACCAAAGUACCCAGAAGUACCGCAGAGCUUGUGGGUGGAGUCGCCAAAGUGAAUACAAGACACCCUAAAACUGCCGGUUCGAUUCUCGACGCUGUCAGCCAUUUGGCCACGGACGCAUACCACAUUAUGUCACAUCCAUCGUUUGCAGCAGAAGACAGGGAAAGUCUUCGUCAACUAGUAAAUAUCAACCAUGGUCUUCUUGUUGCACUUGGAGUGUCGCAUCCUGCUUUGGAAAAGAUCAAAAUGAUUGGCGAUACAAAUCGCAUAGGAGCCACCAAACUCACUGGGGCAGGCGGUGGUGGCUGUGCAAUUACCUUGUUGAACGACGAAGUCUCUCAUGAAGUACUUGAAAAAGUUGAAAAUGAGUUUACUCAGGAAGGCUUUGAGACAUUUGAGGCCACUUUAGGUGGAAAGGGAGUUGGGGCACUCUUUUGCGACAAUGAUAGUGAUCCCGAAGUCUUUUCUGUUGAACGCUUUGUCAACUUUUCGCGUAGAGAAGAUAUCAAAAAUGCAUUGGAAAUCGACGGAUGGAAGUACUGGUGA